AAUAACUAACUGACUUGGUGAUACGAGUUGCUGUCUGAUGAUUUGACCACCACAUCAUUCCAAAUGGGGGACACGGCUCGUCUCUAUUUAUUUGCGGGGUUAUGUCAGAUGGUCUACCUGUCAUGUGUGCAGUGGUCAGAGCCUGUUGUGGUUGAAGUUGUGUUUGGUCACUUCCCUUCCGGUCCAGAUCCUGAUCUCUACCUGGUCAACUUGAGCAACCACACGGAGUGGUUGGAACCCGUGCAUUGCACAUCAUGUUCACCUGAAUGCAGGACGUUUCUACGAUUGGCUGGGGACCCAGGAGGAUAUGAAAUCACACUUACAGCCAUCCGACACAAUGCUUCAGUGGCGAAUAAGACCUUUCACAUUGACCCAGCGCCCCUCUCAUCCCUGCAGGCAGACACCACCACCACCACCGCUCUGCUCACCUGCACGCUGCAGGCAGGACACACACUCACCACGCUCAGUCUACAUGACACCAGCUCGCUGACCAGAACACACACCUGUCAGACGCAACCCUCAGGAACACGCUGCCGGUACGAAGUGACAGGUUUACAGGCUGGGACGCGCUAUAGCGUCCGAGCGAGUGUGACCUCCUCUCUUCCCGCCCUCAACAUCACCUCAACACAAAGACAUCACGUCGACAUCGAAACAGCCAAGUGUCCCAUUGGCUGGCUGGCUAGCGGGCGGAGUUGCUACAGCAUAAGGAGGAGGGGUUUAGCGUGGGUUCACGCCCAGAGCGCGUGCAGGGGCGUGGCUGGAGGAGUUCACCUUGCUGACCUCAAAACCCAGGAGGAUCUCCUCUUCAUGUCCACGCACCUGCUUACCCACAAUUCACUGCUGCUGCUGUGGACUGCACUCAAUGAUCGACAGGAAGAGGGUGACCCUCGCUGGUCCGAUGGCUCCAUCUACAACCUGACCAACGAGGUGACAUCAUCACUGCUGUCCAAUCAGACGGACUGCUUUGCCUUCCAGAGGAAUGCCACAGGGCCAGGCUACUUCCUAACUCCAUUCUUCUGUGACAUGUCUCUCCCUUUCAUCUGCCACCACCAGAUCCCUCCAGUCCCUCCCUCGAUCUCCUUUGAGGUGGUGCAGGUGACCGAGAGAGCGGCGGAGCUCGGCUGGGGUGACCUCUCUCCUCUGAAUGCCAGCCCUCAGUCCGUCCCUCAGGUCUGCGUGCAGUACGAAGAGGAGGAUGGGGACGGAGAGAGGACGGAGGAAGAGGUGGAUGGGAAGGAGGGGACAGGGAGGAGUGUUAGCAGCAGGGUGGGGGGUAUGCGUGUCCCUGUGUCUCUGUCAGCCAGAGGGGCUAACAUGACGGGUCUGGCCCCAGGGAGGCUUUACUCUGUCUCCCUCACAGCGUCGGAUCCAGCUGGGGCCUCUUGGAGCCUCGGACGUAUACACACUGUACACACCCGGCCCAUCCCUCCACAGAAUGUCUCUGUGGGAAACAUCACAACCAAUCAGAUCACGGUUCAUUGGGUGGCCCCCGAGUCCCAGCAUGCAGAGCGUUGGAAGGUCAUAGUUCGCUGGGUGGACAUGUCCUCAGGACAGGAGAGGGUUGAGGGAGUCCACAACGUAUCGAGGAGAUCUGGGAUUGGUGGACGACAGACAUACUCUGCUGUGAUUGGACAGCUGGAGUCGUUCAGGAAGUACAAGGUCGGAGUUCACACCGUCACAGAGGGCGGGGUGGAAAGCUGUGGAGAUACAUCUCUGAUACGCACUGCACUGAGGCCCCCAAGUCACCUGACUGUGUCAAGUCGAGAUGGAAACCUCACCGUGUGCUGGACCCCCCCGCCAGACGAACAGCCUGAUGGGUAUGAAGUCACGGCACACCCCGGCGACGGCAUAGAUCCAAGCCCUCUCUGGGUCAACCGCUCCAGCCCCGAUGCACUGUGGGUAGAUGAGUCUGUGUGCGUGGUCGUCGUGGGCCCCCUCACCCCAGGUCAGACCUACGAGGUGGGGCUGGUGUCGGUGAGGGAGAGGAGCAGGAGCCUGGAGAUCAGCACUCGUCACACCACAGAGCCCUGUGCGGUGCCGCUAGCUGUACCUCUCUCCGUGGGCAGUGACUCCGUGGUCGUGUUCGUACGGACGCCACGCCUCGGCCUGUUUGACGGCGUCAAGGUAUGUGCGUGCGAAGGGAGGUGUGACGGGGGAUGUGGGGGGAGAGGGUGUGAGGAGGUGUGCGAGGGGUCUCCCUUCACCCCGGACACACACAACAUAACCCUUGGCAACCUAAGUCCUGGAGAAGAGUACCAACUGAGUGUGUACGCAACUAGCAAAGGCCGGCCGAGCCCUCCCUACCAUCCACCGCACCCGAUCAGGACAUGUUUAGCCCCUCCCAGCAGUGUGAGAGCGGGAGAGGUGACGGUGUCGUCUAUAGAGCUGCAGUGGGACCCGGCACCAGGACACGGCCACACCUAUGAGGUCAUCUGUUUGGACUGCCAUCACACCUUCAAGGUGUUAAAAGUGUCAGGUCAGAGUGCAGUGUUUAGAAGUCUAACACCAGGCAGACUGUAUCACUUCAGAGUACGGACAGAGAAGGAGACAUUUACAGACAGCCCUGCUGUUACCUUCAACAUUACAGCAGCCCCCAGUCCAGUGGAGGUGGUGGUGCUCAGUAAAACGACAACUUCAGUGACGCUCGUCUGGGGGACGGCCGGGGGAUUGGUCAGUGGAUACAUCCUGUCAAUCAAAAACCAAACCUCCAAUCAACAGCUAAACCUCACAUCCCUGGAGCAUAGGUUUGAAGACCUGGCCCCUGGUAGCUACUACACUCUACAGGUUAGCAGCACCAAUGGAGAGAGAAGGAGUAACCCUGCUACUGUCAACAUCAGCACCAUUCCAGAAGUCCCUCAGGAAGUGAUGCUGAUUGAACAGGGCGUGACCUCUGUGUUUGUGAGCUGGAGGCCACCACCAGGGGAAGUGAAGGGGUACAAGCUGUCUUUUGGCCUGGUGGGGAACAGGAUGUUGUGGCGUGAGUUGCUUGUCCAGGGUACCAGUUUUGAGAUUGGGGAUUUGACCCCAGGGUCAGACUAUGGCCUCAGUAUUCAAACCUUACUGGGUUCAGACUCCAGCCAACCUGUCAGCAGAGACUUCUACACACGUCCUGCAGGUGUGUGCUCCAUCGCCCUCCUGCAUGUUAACUCCUCGUGCGCCGUGCUGAGCUGGGACACUGCCAUUGGUCACUUUGACUUCCACAGAGUGACCUCGGCCGAGGGCGCCGACACGCGCGCGCUGAGCGUCUCCAAGGAGGAGACGGUCGCCACGUUGACUGCGUUGAGGGCUGGCUGUAGCUACAACGUGAGCGUGGAGCGAGUGAGGCGAGGGGUGGCAGGGGCCGCGGCCACUCUGACCGUGACCACGAUUCCAGAGCGUGUGCGAGGUGUCCGAGUGGUGAGUGUGUCGGCGCGGGCCUUCUCUCUGUGCUGGGAGAAGUCUGAGGGCUGUGUGGAUCAGUACCACGUCAGCUUGCAGCCUGGCCAAGGAAGGGUUUCUGUCUACCCCACACCCUCGGGACACAUCCAGGCCAACGUAGUCAGUGUAAGUCCUGGAACCCAGUUCACGGUCACAGUGACAGCAGACUCUUCCUCCAACAUCGGCCCCCCCGUCAGUCGCAUAGUGAACACCAACUUGACAGUUCCCGGUGCUCCGUUUAGACUGGAGGGAGAGAGAGUGGGCUCCAAUGGGCUCCUCCUGUCUUGGAGCAUGCCUUCUGACACUGCCAUUGUCGACAAAUAUGUCAUCAGGUACAAAGAGAUGUGUCCUUAUCCUGACCCCAGCUUCACCCAGGUGACUAAAGGCCUGUAUGUACCUGAGACCUUGCUCUCCAGCUUCACUCCUGGGUCCACCUACAAUAUCCAGGUGGCGGGAGAAAACUCAGCAGGUGUUGGACCAUUUAGCAAGUCUUUAUACAUAAAGACUGCUGAGGCCCCCCCUGGCCUGGUGAACAGAUUAACUGCCUUUGCUGAGAACCACACCUUCGUAUCAGUCACCUGGUACCUGCCCGAAUUCAUCAACGGUCUCAUCACCAAGUUUGCGGUGAAAGCCAAACACGCUCGCACGGGUCAGACUGUCCGGACACUUGAGCUGAAUGCUGAGGACAUCAUGACUGGAGCCCUACCGCACUGCAACGAUGCAGCAGAUAUCCUGUCUCGUGGGACCCCCAGUCCGUCAGAGGUGACGGCCUCAUCUCCCCCCAUCACCCUGUCGGCCGUGCCCCCCGCCGCAGCCUGGAGCGUCCCCAUCUCUGUGGGGGUGGACAAGCUCCGCCCCUACACAGCUUACGUCUUCGAGGUGUCCGCCUUCACUUCUGAUGGGGAGGGACAGAUCGCCUCCACCAUGGUCCGCAUGCCGGAAUCAGCCCCUGAGGACCCUCCUCAAAACCUCUCUGUGUGGAACGUGACAUCCAGGUCCAUCUCUCUGUCCUGGGACGCUCCCUCCAUCAUCACAGGGAGGUUCUCGUACGUCGUCUACCUCUAUGGACCCAUAGGGUUCAUCUUUGAAAACAGCACAGGAGACUUGAGGUUCAUCUACUCUGGUCUGACCCCCUACACCAGCUACAGAGUGGAUGUCAGGGCCAAGUCUGCAGGGGAAGUAGGCCCUGAGACACAUAGAGAUGUACUCACACCUGCUGAGGCCCCCAGUGCAGUGCAGGAUCUGACAGCAGUAGCGGAGGACUCCGUGUCAGUGCGUGUGAGCUGGAGGAUCCCAGGCCAGCCCAACGGCCUCAUCACCCACUACAGGCUCCUGGUGCUGUCAGCUGGGACGCUGCUCCAGGACAUCACCCUGCACGGACCACAGGACCUGAACGGGACUGGUCUCUACGGCAAUGCGACACCACCUCUAAAUGGCGACAACAACUCUCGACGUAUUAAGAGAUCAGCUGACUUCAGCUUGACCUCCUCGCCUCCUGCCUUCACGGUCACGCUCUCCGACCGUGCGCCCCCGACCAGCAUGGCUGUAUCCAGCCUCACCCUCAGCGCUUCAACCAUUCCUAACCACAGCCUCAGCCCCACCCCUACCCCUGACCGCAGGGUCACUACAAGCUUCCUUACCAGUGUUACCAGUCUGCCCGCCACGCCCCCACCUUGGCUGACAAACCAACCACAGACCAGAGACAUGACCUCAUACGCCGUCAGCCCCGGCCAGCCACGCCUCUCCACUCGCGCUGCCGUCACAGGAAACGCAGACGUGCCGACUCACCCCUCCACACAGGCUGCCUCCACACUCACCUCGGGAGGUGUGUUGCUGACAGAGAAACUGGUGGAUAUGUUGUUGGAGCAGCAGUCCCACAUGGUGACUGGACUGAGCCCCUUCACUGAGUACACCUUCACAGUGACCGCCGCUACUGUCAUGGGGGAGGGCCCUUCCACACACACCAGCGCGAAGACCCGCGAGCAGGUACCCAGCUCAGUGGUGGGUGUGUCCUACCAGAACAUUAGCUCCACCUCCAUCCUGGUGCGCUGGUCUCCACCUCAGAGCCCUAACGGACUGAUCACACACUACACCGUCUACGGCCUCAAGCUCUACAGCAACCAGGCACUGCAGCGAGUCACUCAAAAUACCAGCAUACUGCUCACAGGCCUGGAGAAGUACACUUGGUAUAAAUUACGUGUGGCGGCGUCGACGGCAGUAGGAGAGAGCUCUUUGUCUGACAAAGACGACAUCUUUGUGGUCACUCCGGAGGAUGAGCCAGACUCCCCCCCUAGGAACCUGACCGUGAUAGAGACCACUCCCUCCACCGCCACUCUGGCCUGGUCCCCCCCAGUGAAGGCCAAUGGGGUGAUCCAACAGUACGAGGUCCUCUAUGAGAACCAAUCGUACUCUGCCAUGCUGAACUCUUCCUCUGCCAGAGUGACUUUGAGCCAGCUGAAGCCGUCCUCCUACUACAACGUGUCUGUCAGGGCAUACACACGCCAUGGACACGGGAACCAGACCUCACUCCCCCUGCACAUGCUGUCGGGGGAAGAUGUUCCAGGCAGUGCUCCAUACGACCUCUCCUACGUAUCCGUCAGUCCCAGUGAGGUGAACGUGACCUGGAAGCCCCCCCUGGUACCCAACGGGGUCAUCACACACUACAGCAUGCAGCUGUGGAACUCCUCCCACUACCUCAACCUCACCUCCCCCACCAGCUACGCCACCAUUACCCACCUGAGGAAGUACGCCCACUACCGCCUCACCGUGCAGGCGCACACUCGCGUCGGCCCCGGGAACCAGACCAGCGAUCCACUCAACAUCACCACCCUGGAGGAUGUCCCAGACACACCCCCUCAGUUCCUCCAGGCCAGGAAGUUGUCAGACUACCAGGUAGAGUUGUCGUGGGAAGCUCCUCUAGAGGCCAACUCAGAUAUACUCUACUACUUGGUCAGAGUCUGGAAUGAGACGUCAGAGCAGUGGCAGAACGUGACAGAGACUGUGGUGGUGAUCGAUGUGGACUCAGAGAGUCGCUACAACGCCUCUGUAUCCAGCUGGACCCGGCUGGGGGACGGAGGGGUGCUCAUAUAUAUCAGCUUCACCACCACCGACACAGAGCCCUUUGACCCCCCUCAGAAUGUGUCAGUGGUGAACGUGACCUCCUCUGCUGUCACUCUGCUGUGGAACCCCCCCACUCAGCCCAACGGCAUCAUCACUCACUACACCAUACUAUACAUGGACAACACCACUGAGAAACAGCAGAGAGCCCCAGUGCCUGUGCUGGCCCCUGGGCCCCUGGGCUGGCUGUACUCCUACCGCCUGUCUGGUCUGUUAGGGGGUAGUACCUACAGUCUGUGGAUGACCUCCAGCACCAUACAGGGAGACGGAGGGGUCAGCAGCCCCCCCCUGACCAUGCUCACUCCUGAGAACGUCCCCAGUGACCCGGUCCACAACCUGAGCGCUCAGAUCUUCAGCUCCACCGCCAUCAUCGUCAGCUGGGACCCUCCCCAGGAGCCCAACGGACGCCCCUUCUACCUGCUCACCCUGGAGGAGGCAGGCCACAUCCCUGGCCCCCCAGGGCCCAACGCCGGGCCCCCCCCGGUCAACAAGACCAUCACCAAGACGACCACAGACACCGUCUUCCUCUUCACCAAACUCAGGAAGUACUUCCCCUACGUGUUUACGGUUACUCCGGCAACCGGAGCCGGCCCGGCCCACAAUCACACCAGCACGCUGCAUCUGAGGACGGACGAUGACAUCCCUAGUUCUGCCCCAGUGCUGGUGUCCAGCAGGAAUCUGUCCUCGUCUUCCCUGUCUGUGGCGUGGCAGCGUCCCCUGGAGGCCAACGGAGAAAUAACCGAGUACCUCGUCACUCUGUUUGGCCCCGGAGGGUCCAACACCACCCAGACCCCCAACACCACCCUCACCCUCACCCAGCUCCAGCCCUACACUCCCUACAACCUCUCCAUCACCGCCGCCACGCGCAAGGGCUCGGGCCCUGCUCUCCUGCUGCUGCUGCACACUGACGAAGCAGGGCCGAUGUCCCCUCCGAGGAAUUUAUCCAUCUCUAACUAUACUGCCUCCUCUGUGUGGCUCAGCUGGGAGCCCUCCCUGGAGCCUAACGGAGUGGUCACACACUACGGCUUCAGGAUCCACGAGCUCAACACACAGACAGUCUCAUACCAGAACUCCUCAGGUCCGUGGACGGCAGCCCAUCUGGCAGGCUUCAGGCCCCACAGCUCCUAUGAGAUCAGUGUGUGCAGCUACACCAGAGUGGGCCACGGAGACCAGUUCAGCCUCGCUGUCUCCUUCACCACCAACGAGUCAGUGUCCGAUGCUGUGAGGAACCUCUCGUGCUCAGGGGUGAGCUGGGACUCAGUCCAGCUGACCUGGGAGCCCCCGACCAACCCCAACGGCCAGAUCCUCUUCUACCAGAUCCAGGUGGACUCGCACACACACUCCCUCACACACCAGGCCCCCGCGCCCCAGUACGUGGUGAGUGGCCUCCACCCGGAUGAAGAAUACACACUCACCGUGACGGCCGUCAACUCGGCUGGCCCUGGGGAGAAGAUCAACUGCACUGCUGACACGCACCCAGAGUCAGUUCCAGGCGUCCCUCGGUUCCUCAACGUGUCUGGGGUCACGCCCACGACUGUGACCCUACGCUGGGCUCCGCCCCUCUCCGCUUCGGGCAUGCUCACUGAGUACCACAUCACCGUGGAGCUUAUUUCCACCACCUGCCAGUCAGACGAGAGCUCCGGGACACACAUGGCCUCCGGUGGUGAGCCUGGCCCCGCUCUGGGCCCUGGCUGUGUGGAUUCCAGGAAGGUGGUGCCUGUGAACGGUUCUGGUGGUUCUGGGGAGAACCCUAGUGUGACCCUCCAGUCUCUGGCCAAGUACAGACAGUACCGCUUCAGAGUGGUGGCGCUGACCAACGCUGGGGAGGGGGAACCCACACCCUGGAGCUACACGCGCACACUGGCUGGAAAGCCGGACGCCCCUCCUCAUGCCCUGGUAGCGACCCCCACGUCCAACAGCCUCCGCAUCCAAUGGGACGCUCCCACGGUGCUCUCUGGCCCCACCUCCUAUCUCAUAGACAUCUUUUCGUUGGAUAGCAUAGGGGUCAACCUCUCUCUGGUCCGCGCUCCCGGGGAGAUGAGGACCCUGGUGGUGUCUAACUUGACGGCGUUCACUCGCUACUCUGUGACCGUGACGGCAUUCACGGGGCUCGUGGUCGACGCUCGGACGGACGGGAAGGCGAGCCCGCCCCUUAUCAUCCGAACUCUGGAGGAAGAGCCCAGAGACCCCCCCACAAACGUGACCCUGCUGGUAAUUCCAGAGGAAGUGACACGUGUGUUGGUGAACUUUGCUCCCCCUGAGAAGCCCAAUGGGAACAUUAGCUCCUACACAGCCCAGGUGUAUAGCCAGGGUCAACUGCAGAUGACCAUCAAUGACCUGGUCGUGGUCUACCACAAGAACAACACCCUGACCGCUGUCAUACACGGCCUGAAGGGAGGACUCAACUACAGCAUACGGAUAGCAGCAGUGAAUGGAGCAGGUUUAAGCCCCCCCAGCCCAGAGGUGAAAAUCACCACAGGGAUCAAAGCCCCUGCCAAGCCCGACAGCAGACCGCAGGCAAUGGUGGACCGUUCUGGAGUUGCCAUAGUAACCUCCAGGAGCAUCAGCAUCAUCAUGCCCCACUGUUACUAUAGCGAUGACAAUGGGCCAAUCAGUAGGAUCCAGGUCAUUGUGGCAGAGUCAGGUGUGAUGGACAGCAGGAAUCUGACCAACUGGCAGAACGCCUACCUCCAUCGCCCCACCCCCUACCUGACGGACCCGGGCUUCCCUAACCCUUCGUGUGCCACGGACGCACCGCCGGGUAGGAGCGCGUUGGUACGAGACGGCGGCGAGCGUCUUCUAGACGUGUACGUGAUAGGAGAGGACGACCGCUGUCUGGCCGAGGCGAGGACGGACACGCUCUGCAAUGGACCCCUCAAACCUAAUACUGUCUAUGUAUUUCAAUUCCGGGCCACGAACAUCAAUGGACAGUACACUGACUCAGACUUCUCCGAGCAUGUCAGAACGGCAGUGGAUGGGUUGUUGACCCGCGACGAACAGAUCAUUCUGGGCGUCCUCCUCUCCUUCUUCCUGGCUGUGCUCCUCAUCCUCAUCAUCUACGCCUCCGUCAGGAUUCGCCAGCGCCAGAAGGAGGGCGGGACUUACUCUCCCAGAGAGGCGGAGAUCAUUGAGACCAAGUUUAAACUAGACCAGCUGAUCACUGUGGCAGACCUGGAACUGAAGGAAGAGAAGCUACACCGGUACUCUUCUUUCUUCUUUAGGCGGAAGGAGAUAUUUGUCAUCCAGCUUCUCAGUUACAGGAAGUCCCUCAAACCGGUCAAUAAGAAGUCCUUCCUGCAGCACGUGGAAGACCUGUGUGCCAAUGAUAAUUCCAAGUUUCAGGAGGAGUUUUCUGAGCUUCCCAAGCUGCUGCAGGACUUGGCAACCUCAGAUGCAGACCUGCCCUGGAACAGGUCUAAGAACCGCUUCACCAACAUCAAGCCAUACAACAACAACCGCGUGAAGCUGCUCUCGGAGCCAGGCAUGCCCGGGUCUGACUACAUUAACGCCAGCUUCAUCUCUGGCUAUCUGUGUCCUAAUGAGUUCAUAGCUACCCAGGGUCCUCUGCCUGGCACUGUGGCAGAUUUCUGGAGGAUGAUUUGGGAGACCAGGACACGCACCAUCGCCAUGCUCACACAGUGCUAUGAGAAGGGCAGGAUCCGGUGUCACCAGUACUGGCCGGAGGACAACAAGCCGGUGACAGUGUUUGGCGACAUCAUCAUUACCAAGCUGACCGAGGACGUCUACCCCGAUUGGACUGUCAGAGCGCUCAAAGUUGAAAGGCAUGGGGACUAUAUGGUGGUCCAUCAUUUCAACUACACGUCCUGGCCAGAGCAUGGGGUCCCUGAGUCCAGCAGCACUCUCAUCCAGUUUGUCAAAGCCAUUCGGGCCAACAGGCACGACAACACCACCAUGGUGGUACACUGCAGUGCUGGUGUGGGCAGGACAGGUGUGUUCAUUGCUCUCGACCACCUCAUUCAGCACAUCAGUGACCAUGACUUUGUGGAUGUGUACGGGCUCGUGGCAGAGCUACGCAGUGAGAGGAUGUGCAUGGUACAGAAUCUGGCACAGUACAUGUUCCUGCACCAAAGCACCUUAGACCUCCUGAGCAGUAAAGGGAACAGCCAGUCCAUUUGGUUCGUCAACUACUCUGCCCUGGAGAAGAUGGACUCGCUGGACGCGAUGGAGGGUGAUAUUGAGCUGGAAUGGGAGGAGACCACCAUGUAAUGACUGACACAUUUACAACCUGGUGUCUGAUGAAGAGACACAGUUCGCUGAGUCAUAGGGCCA